AUGUCUUCCGACGAGGAAAUGCCAAAUCAAGAAGAGUCCCAAAAUGAAGAUUUGCAGUUAGCCUUUGUUACGAUGUUAGAAGACUACAAAAUUAUUCUGGAUAAAAAAAUGACACCUCCCGUUAAGUCUGCCAAAGACAAAGCACUUAAAGAAUUCACAGAGACGUAUAACAGAAAUACAAAACAAAAUUUAGAUGCAAACAGGUAUUAA